UACAUUACCCACAAUGCCUCAGGGCUAUUAGGCGCAAACAAGUCUCGGCUCAAGAAGCAGGAGAAGAAUAUGUCAACAAUUCCUUUUUUUCCCCCCAGUCUGACGAGUUACUAAAUUUUCUUGGUAAAAUUCGCUAAUAAGUUGGUGAAGAUGAGUUACCAGGUUUUGUCGUAUGAGGGUUUGGUGCACGCUCUGUCCGGAGCAAUGGGAAGUGUAACUGCCAUGACAGUAUUUUACCCCCUCGAUACUGCAAGGCUGAGGCUUCAAGUGGACGAGAAGAGGAGGGCACAAUCAACUCCAGCAAUACUAGCAGAAAUAAUCAAGGAGGAAGGACUACUGGCUCCAUACAGAGGAUGGUUCCCAGUCAUCUGCAGCCUGUGCUGCUCCAACUUUGUCUACUUCUACUGCUUCCACAGUUUGAAGGCCAGCUGGCUGAAGGAGCAUCAGUCGGCACCUCGCACUGACUUGCUGCUUGGCAUAGUUGCAGGUGUUGUGAAUGUACUAGUGACUACACCGCUGUGGGUCGUCAACACCCGACUGAAGCUUCAGGGCUCCAAAUUCCACAAUGCAGAUAUACAGCCCACCAACUACUGUGGCAUUAUGGAUGCUUUUGUGCAGAUCAUCCAAGACGAGGGUGUGGGAGCGCUGUGGAACGGCACCUUCCCUUCCCUGCUGCUGGUCCUGAACCCUGCCAUCCAGUUCAUGAUCUAUGAAGGUCUGAAGAGGCAACUGAGGAGAGGAGUUCUCAGGGAGCUGUCAUCUUUUGAGGUUUUCGUGAUUGGCGCAGUUGCAAAAGCGGUUGCCACCACCGUGACCUACCCCCUGCAGACUGUGCAGUCCAUUCUCAGGUUUGGUCAGUUCAACAAGUCGACAAAGUCUACGCUGCUGUCCAGUCUAAUGACCGUCAAGUGUCUGCUAGUCAACAGAGUGAGGAAAUUUGGUCUCUUGGGUCUGUUUAAAGGCCUGGAGGCCAAGCUGCUGCAGACAGUGCUGACUGCCGCCCUCAUGUUCCUUCUAUAUGAGAAGAUUGCCAGCUGCACCUUCAGAGUCAUGGGACUGAGCAACCAGCACAAAAAACGCUAGCUAGCUAGCGAGCCGUGGACCGUACUUGUUCACUGACAGAUGGUGACCAUCCAGAGAGGUAAAUACAACCCCUUCAAUAAAGCUCCUCUUUUAAUCAA